CUUUCAUCUUCACCAUCAUCCCAGAAACUGCUUGUGGAUUUACCAGGCCUCUCUCACGUCGCACAAGAAUCACAAAGACGGGUGACACAGCGUCUAGUUAUUGACACCUGUUUUCUCCUGGAGCCUAAACACGUCCCCGAAUAGCGAUCGUCACGACCCUCAAUCCAUCGAAAAAUUCCUCGCCUGCCUAUACUUGCCGUCUCCUUCCUCUUCGUAUUCUGUCCGCGAGCGGUAAUUCCCCCUUCCGGACAAGAUGGCGACCACCGUGGACAAGAUCAAGGAGAUUGAGUCCGAAAUGGCUCGGACACAAAAGAACAAAGCCACAUCUUUCCAUCUGGGCCAACUCAAGGCCAAACUGGCAAAGUUAAAGAGAGAGUUGUUGACCCCCUCGUCAUCAGGAGGCGGUGGUGGCAGUGGAUUUGAUGUUGCAAGGACGGGUGUCGCUUCAGUGGGAUUCAUCGGGUUCCCUUCAGUGGGCAAGUCGACUCUCAUGAGUCGAUUGACUGGCCAACAUUCCGAAGCCGCAGCCUACGAAUUCACCACCCUGACCACAGUUCCCGGCCAAGUCAUGUAUAACGGCGCGGCCAUCCAAAUGCUCGAUUUGCCCGGUAUCAUUCAAGGCGCCAAAGACGGCAAGGGUCGAGGCCGCCAAGUCAUCGCCGUUGCAAAGACAUGCCAUUUGAUCUUCAUCGUCCUCGAUGUGAACAAACCACUAACCGACAAACGUGUCAUUGAGAACGAACUGGAGGGAUUCGGCAUCCGCAUCAACAAGGAGCCUCCCAAUAUAGUCUUUAAGAAAAAAGACAAGGGCGGAUUGAACAUCACGAGCACCGUUCCUCUCUCCCACAUUGACCAUGACGAGAUCAAGGCCGUCAUGAACGAGUACCGCAUCAACUCGGCCGACAUUGCGAUUCGAUGCGACGCCACCAUCGAUGACUUGAUUGACGUUUUGGAAGCCAAGAGUAGAAGUUACAUACCGGUCAUUUAUGCUCUCAACAAGAUUGACUCCAUUUCAAUUGAAGAGUUGGAUCUGUUAUAUCGCAUUCCUAACGCUUGCCCCAUCAGCUCCGAACACGGCUGGAACAUCGAUGAACUGCUCGAGCUGAUGUGGGAGAAGCUUCAGCUCAAACGGGUGUAUACCAAGCCAAAGGGCAAGCAGCCAGAUUACUCUACCCCGGUGGUUUUGAGAAGGAAUGCCUCAACUGUCGAAGAUUUCUGCAACUCCAUCCACAAGUCCAUUCUUGAGCAGUUCAAACACGCCAUUGUCUAUGGCCGUUCAGUCAAGCAUCAACCUCAACGGGUUGGCCUGCAACAUGAACUGGCGGAUGAGGACAUCGUCACUAUUGUUAAAAAGUGAUGCGUUAGACCGACCACAGCAUCUGCCUAUCACCUGAUGUCGUCUCGAAUGCUGCACCAUGGCUAGACUGAGGCAUGUUCGAGGUUUGAGAUCGUCCGCCAUGGGUCCAUAUUCCGCUCGAUGAGGCUAGAUGGCUGGACUUCCGCUCAUCCCCCCGCGCCGGAUUUCGACCCUUUAUCCGUCGCCUGUGAUCAGCACUAGGGUCUGCGUCCGUUACAGUACCCACGAGUACCUCAAAAAGGACAUGUUCGAAAGGACCAUGCUUGAACAGUCUGGACUCUGGGCUCUUCUUGCUUGGCUUGGGCUCCACGCUUCUCUCGUCUCAGCAUUCUUUUCCUGGUCGAGAGUACGGGCGUAUCCUGGUCGUCGCUUUGAAGCGCCACUGAAAGCGUGCGUACGACGCUCAUCUCUCCGGAAACCAGUCUGCAUGAGAUCAAGCGGACGUGUCUCAGUGUGACCACGGCGAGUUGGAACAAAGUUCCAGCCGUACUCCGAAAAACACAAUACUCCGUAGAAUCGCUGCGAAUCUGUGGUGGAACCCCUCGGUUGGCUCAAGGUGGUUGUGGAGCAGGCAAGGAUGAGGAAAAUGUCUCUUUGUUGCGCCUCAGACAGAGAAUGAUAUACAAACGCCGCCAUUGCCAGACCUCGUUGGAGAGACUUGGACGUAUCUGGGAAGCUGUGUGAAUUCAAGAGCUGCACAAGCCGGAUCGUCGAAAGCACCCUCAACAGGUCCAAGUAUUCCCGUUACACGAGCGUAAGCCUCGACAAAUUCAAGAGCGCGCGACAACACUUUGAGUGUAGAGCGAGCAACGUUGGGGAGAUUUGACGAGAAUCUGAAACAGCCAUUGGCUGCCACGAGGCGCCGUUUUCGUGUACAGGCUGCAUGAUUGACAACGUCCUGCAGCCGUACACGAGCAGCCAAAACGCUACCACAGUGCAGGUGCAGGAUCUUCGAUGCAUACAGUACCGCGUACAUGCAGAUGUCAAACUCGUGGACCUGGAUUUUGACAGUUCCAUCCCCCGCAGCUCCUUGUCUGUGCAUCCUCCGCUCCAGCUGGAAGUGGCUUGAACAGGGCACUACAGCUGCACUCAAGGUCUAGGGAUCUCAACCGACGCUCCGAGCCACAAGGCCCACAGAGAGACAUCCCUGGCUUGGAUACAACACCCCUGCUGAAGUUCGCAGAAGCACCCUCCCGCAGCCGCCCGAAGGAACCCCCGUCAUAGUCUCAACGUUUCUGGCUAGGAUUAUACAAAGUCUCUCUUUGCCAGCAGAGGAGGUUCUGGUUUUGAGGAUACUGUUGACUGCUGAGGCCAAACCACAGUUCACCAGGCCAGGAUCAGCACCCAGCAGCUGUAGGCCGACAUGUGAAAACGCCGGAAAUUCAGUGAAAGCCAUGAACACGAACGAAGCGGGGAACCACCGUUGCAGAUGAACGCAUUGAGCGACGCUGCUCACCCUGCUGCUUAUUUCCGUCUAAACGUCACGUAACAGGGACUCACAUCUUGCAUAUUCUCAACAGGCAAUUGCCCAGCUACCAGUUUGUGGAGAAAAUGCAAAGGUCCCUCGCGCAAGCCCCAAUGAGCUUCACUGAUCAUUUUCCUUGCCUCAUCAUAAAGCAUUAAUGAUUGAUCUUGUCCUUCCCUUUGUGAGCAACGAAUAGCUUUGCCAUGCUCACACAUGUCCCUGUG